CCUUGCAUUGGUCUGUUUUGUGCAUGAUGACUUUGGUGACUGUCUUAACUUCUUGUCUUGUUUGUGCUACCAUUAAGAUUUCAUCCUUCUCCACAUCUUCUAUUUCAAGUUUGAGCUCAAUGACCAUUCAUGCUUUCUUGUUGACAAGUGGCUUAACUACUUCACAUUUAUGUUCUGUAAGGGCUGUGGAGAGCAUUGGGGAGAAUGUAGAUGAGGUGAUGGAAGGAGACAUUGUCAUCCCAAGCUUCUUGGCAGAUUGUGGAGAUUGCAUUGAUUGCAAAUCCAAGAAGAGCAACUUAUGCUCAAAAUUCCCAUUUGAGGUCUCUCCUUGGAUGCAUAGAGACAAGACAAGUCGAUUCAUGGAUCUUAAAGGGGAGACUUUAUACCAUUUCUUAUAUGUGUCAAGUUUUAGCGAGUACACAGUCGUAGAUGUUGCUCAUGUAACCAAAAUUGACCCUGCUAUCCCACCAAAUAGGGCAUGCCUCCUCAGUUGUGGAGUGUCAACAGGGGUAGGUGCUGCUUGGAGAACAGCAGAUGUAGAAGCAGGGUCCACUGUUGCUAUAUUUGGGCUGGGAGCAAUCGGAUUAGCAGUUGCAGAGGGUGCAAGAAUGUGUGGAGCAACUAGAAUUAUUGGUGUGGAUGUGAAUCCUGACAAAUUUGAAACAGGCAAAACAUUUGGAGUUACUGAUUUUGUGAACUCUGCAACUUGCACCGACAAACGUUUGAGUGAGGUACAUUUGUUAACCCUAGCACUAAUGUUGAGAACAUAUCAAUUAUUGAGAUAGAAUACCAAUUGUUGAAGAAGAGAUGUGCUUUUCGUGG